CUCACACAAUAUAGAGACAGCAUAAACCAGGAGGGGAUUCUUCAGAAUGGUGAAUUUGGAAUACAACCACUCAGGAAGAAUCGAAUACUGGCUGAGAAACAACCAUAUAUACCAUCCUGAUCUGACAUAUGACUUAAUUCAGGAUACGGACCCUAUUUUUAUGCACAGAACUGAUAUUAACAUGAGCAGAGAGCCAGAUUCCACAGAGGAGCCUCAACACCGUGGCGGACACCUUGAUAUUGGUGGGGAAAGAGACACCUUAGACUUCAACAGACAGAUUAAAACAGAAGAUUUCAGUGAAUCCUUACAGACUGGAAUACCUCCUCGACCAUGUCACAUUUCUCAGGGUUCUGUAAUGAGCGGAGGUCAGAUGCCUGGGGAUAUGACCACCUUACAUCCUCUCCAGCAACUAGUAUUGGUACCGAGUCAUCUGCAGUCUGCUUCUCAGUUCCUGUUAUCACAGUCACAGCAGGGCCAGCAAGGUAUCUUACAACCAAACCUCCUUUCCAUUCCACAACAACAAUCUGGACUCUUGCCGUCACAGACUGGAUUGGGACUAGCUUCCCAGGCAGUAGGACGACCUGGACUUCCAGGGUCUUCUUUAGAAUCUCACUUGGAAAUGCCACAUCUACAUGUACCAAAACAUUUAUCCGUGUCUGUGGAUGAACCAAGCGAUCUCGAAGAACUUGAGAAGUUUGCCAAGACUUUUAAGCAAAGACGGAUAAAGCUAGGAUUCACACAAGGUGACGUCGGCCUGGCAAUGGGGAAGCUUUAUGGAAAUGAUUUCAGCCAGACAACCAUAUCUCGGUUCGAAGCCCUAAACCUAAGCUUUAAGAAUAUGUGCAAGUUGAAACCUCUCCUGGAAAAAUGGUUAAGCGAUGCAGAAUCUGCCCCAUCGGAUUCUGUCCUGACAGCAAAUACUUCCUACCCUCAGCUCAGUGAGAUGUUUGGUCGUAAGCGAAAGAAACGGACUAGCAUUGAAACAAACAUACGUCUUACUUUAGAGAAAAGGUUUCAGGAAAACCCCAAGCCUAGCUCUGAGGAAAUUAGUAUGAUAGCAGAGCAGCUAGUAAUGGAGAAAGAAGUUGUGAGGGUCUGGUUCUGUAAUCGUCGUCAAAAAGAGAAAAGAAUAAACUGUCCGAUGAGCAUGCCCUUGAAGUCUCCAAUGUAUAGUUCAAGAAUGCAGCCAACAGCUGGUUCUAUGGGGUCUAUGGCUAUCGCUCCAGUACACAGCACAGUGACAUCAUCUUGUUCACCUGGAAGCUCCAGUAGACCUUCAUCUCCAAUCUGUCUCCACCCCAACAGCCCAGGGGUAUCAAUGAAUAACUCCAAACCACCUAUGAACCCAUCCAGCUUCAGCUCCUCUGGAUCUUGGUAUCGAUGGAACCAUCCAACGUAUCUCCACUGAAGGAACAGAGUAAGAAGCCAGCAAGUCAGUUCCAGCAGGAAGUUCAUGCUUUCAUAGGAAGUACCUUAAUAACCGCACGUGGAGCACUAAAUACACAUAUUAAGAACAAUAUUUACUGAAGAGUGACUUUCGCAGGAUAUCUGCUAGUUUUCAAGUGACGAGCCAUGAAUUUUAAUUAUUUUGGUAAGACUAGCUUCUUCAUUGGAAAUCUAGGAAUGGACGAUUGUACACUAUUCUGAGGAACAUGUAUGUUUCAACUGCUCUAGAUUGACUGCAACUGACUUUAUCGAGCAGAAUUGAAAGCCUUUUAUUGAGAUGUUUCUUUUUGGACAUCCUUUUGGAUGAUUUCCUCUAUCUUCAUUUUUGAUAUUUUUGCUAUGGAAAUGAUUAACUACAAUGCAUAGUUUUAAGAACUGCUAUAGAAUUGAGUCAGCACUAACUUAUUUUAUUUGAAUUUUUUUUUUCUGUAGCAAUUUGGGUUAUUUUUAUUACUAACUUUUUACAGUAGACUUUAUUGGGAAGCUUGGCCAAUAAAUUAUUUUAAUGUGUGUGUGUGUGUGU